AUGAUAAUGACCAACUUGUUCAAAUUCAAACAGAGACAACGAUCCGUGUUCGUGCAGCCUUCUAUCAGCUCUUCUCCUGGUAGUCCUGUUUCUGGACAAUCUGGAUUCACUCACAGAAAAUCGGUUCACGUAUCGGGUCUAGCUACUAGCAUUGAAGAACUGGAAUUGUUGGUGAAAUUACCCAAAGAAACGCACAAGAAGGAUUGGAUCGCUCAACACGCGAUUGAAUUUCAUGAGAAUCUAUUUCUGUUAAUUGAUAGCAUGAAAUUAACUUCUGAUUGCACAGAGAUGGCAUGCCCGUGUAUGACUGGUGGUGAUUGUUAUGAAUAUAGAUGGGUGGACGAGGAGUCAACCAACCCACAAUAUCAUCAGCCAACAAGCGUGUCAGCUCCACUCUACAUCUCGUUAUUGUGUGAUUGGAUAGAAUCAAAAUUUGAUGAUCCAAAAGCAUUUCCUAUUGGAAACGAACGAGUGUAUCCCAAGAAAUUCAAAGAAGUUGUGAAGAAAAUAUUUUCAAGACUCUUCCGAGUCUUUGCUCACAUUUACCAUCGACAUGGACAGUAUAUCAACAACGUUGGAGUCUCUGCUCACCUCAACACAUUAUUCAAACAUUUUGUCUUGUUCACACGAGAAUUUGAUUUGAUGAAAAAAGAAGAAUAUACCCCCACCUACCAUGUACUUGUAAAACUCUUUGGAGAUGCAUAUGCUACCAAAUUCAAAUAA